AUGCCCACAAAACUGACAGCCCACAGUGUGCAAAUGUCCACGCCUCAAAAGACUGUGCUAAGGCUUCCUCAGAAUGAAGAGAUCCAAGAAGCCACCGCCAAGCCCAUUCUCUUACCCAGCCUUGACCAUGCCUUGCAGCAGGGGCCCCUCCUUGGUACCCGGAGGCUCAGUAGCCCCACCUCACCUCCAACUCCCCCAAGACCCAAGAAGCUCAAGAUGCAGUCACCAGGGGACAUGUUCCCCAGCAACUGGAGCCCACCACCCAUAGAGUUUCUAAGAGUGCUACAAACUGACAGGGAGGAUGCGACACAAAGGCAGGUUGGGGCAGCAAGCCUUCAGAAACUGAGAAGCUCUUACAAGGACUUGGAGCAUGAGUUGGACUCGGACUCAAAGGGGAGCACAGAUUCACUGUCAAUGUUGUGGAACAGGACAGGCCCUAGACGGCUGGCUGAGGUGAAUAACCACACUCAGCUUACCUGUGAGGGCUCAGAGAAGUAUAUGAACAACUUGGAUUUCCUGCUGCAGGAGAAGAGGGAACAGGCCCUGGAACAGGAACGAGAGAAGCAGCUCCUGCAGAACUGUCUGAAUCUGGACUCCUUAGCUCUCAAGGAAGACCAAGUGCCAUUGAAGCCUGAGCACAGGAUGCUGGUGGAGAAGUUCUCCGUGUCACUGCAGGUCAUCCCGUCAGUGCCCCCAGGAGAGAAAGUGUUCCUGUCCAGGCAUUACCCUCUGCCAUGUGCCUUGGACACCUCAAACAUGGAACCACACAACCACCUGGAAGGACUCUUCCUCAGCUCCCCGCCAUUCCAGCAGCUGUCCUUUCUACACAGUGGCCUGCUGAGCAACCUCUACCUGCACAGAAGUGACUGCCCAGUGCCCCUGCUGCGCUGGCUGUUCCAGCUUCUGACAUGGCCUCCAGAAACUUCUUCAAGAGCCUUUGACCUCCUCUGGGAUCUCAGUGUGGAUGGGCUCUUCUGUCAGUCCGAUGAAGACAUGCACUUGUGGUGCCCAUCACUGCAGGAGAUCACAGAGGUGUUCCGCAGCCUGGGAGCUGACAGUCCUGCCCUGUACCCAAUGGAGCCCUACCAGCACAGUGACCAGGUUCCUGAAAGUGAGGCCAACUUGAGCUGGCAGGUGGACCCCCCUCAGGAGGCAACCUGGGACAUAAGCCUGAGCUAUAUCCAUAAGUUCGUCACACUGUGUGCCCUUGCUAAGCCAGGAGCCUACACAGAUGGGAGCCUCCUAGGCCUGAUCGAGCUCCUGUGCCGUGCUGGCUUGGACAUGAGGCUCUGCCUGCAGCCGAAGACUGACCUCCAGCAGCUCCUGCUCCUGCUCCUGGAGAACAUCCAAGACUGGCCAGGGAAGCUGCAGCAGCUGUGCUCCUCCCUGAGCUGGGUGUCCGACCACCACCACAACCUGCUGGCACUAGUACAGCUCUUCCUGGACGUGACCUCUCGGAGCAGGCAGCUUCGCAGUCAGCUGAGCCUCACGGUUAUUGCCCGAAUGCUAGGCAAGCAAGAGAUGCUCCCUGUCUGGCAAGAGAAGACCCAGCUGUCCUUACUCAGCCGGCUCCUGAGCCUCAUGAGGCCAUCAUCCCUCAGGCAGCAUCUGGGCUCGGAGCCCUUGCCACCCUGCCAGGAGCAACAGCCAAAGACCAAUGCUGAGCUAGACCACAAGGUAUGCUACCUGUGCCAUAGCCUGCUGACCCUGGCUGGGGUGGUGGUCAGCAGUCAGGACAUCACUCCAAACCAAUGGGGGGAACUGCAGCUGCUGUGCAUGCAGUUGGACCGCCACAUCAGCACCCAUAUCCGUGAGAGUCCCCAGGCCAUGCAUAGGACCAACCUCAAGGAUCUGGCCACCCAGACCUACAUCCGCUGGCAGGAGCUGCUGGCCCACUGCCAGCCCCAGGCCCAGUACUUCAGUCCCUGGAAGGACACGUAA